GGGAGAAGGGAGGGGGGUGCUUGAGGAGAACUCGGGGUCGUCGGCAUUGGCUGGGCGCUCCCCUCAGGCAGGAGUUUGGCCUGAAAGGAAAGGCGGCCAGAAGGGGAAAGUGAGCGGGGAGGCCGGCGGAGAAGUUACUUUCUGAGGCGGAGAGAGAGAGAAGGGGCUUCGCUGGAGGAGGAAGUUGGGGAGAGGAGGCGGGUCUCCCCUCAGACAACGCUGCGGGCGGGCGGGGGGCGGCGUGACUGACUCUGGCGCGGAGUUAGCCCGGGAGGAGCCUUCCUGGAGGGAGGAGGAGGAGGAGGAGGAGAGUUCGCCUCAGUUUGGGGCCCGGAGAUGGUGCCGGCGCCAGGGCUAUCCGCCUGAACUCCCUCCUUCCCUCCCUCUCUUCCCUCUGCUCCUUCGCGCCGCUUCGCCCUCAGCCUCCUCUUCCCGAGAAGGAUACGGGACCAGGGGAGCCUCUCCCUGCCUCUUAAAGGGAACGCCGUGCGGAUCAUCAUCCUUGGCAUCAUCAUCAUCAUCAUGUCAACCCCAAGCAGAUUCAAGAAGGACAAAGAGAUCGUGGCUGAAUAUGAAAGUCAAGUGAAAGAGAUUCGAGCUCAAUUAAUAGAGCAACAAAAAUGUCUGGAGCAGCAGACUGAAAUGAGAGUGCAGCUACUUCAAGAUCUGCAGGAUUUCUUCCGUAAAAAGGCAGAAAUAGAGACUGAAUAUUCUCGCAAUCUAGAAAAAUUAGCAGAAAGAUUCAUGGCAAAAACAAGAAGUACAAAAGAUCACCAACAAUACAAAAAAGACCAAAAUCUGCUAUCUCCAGUAAAUUGUUGGUAUUUACUACUCAACCAAGUGAGACGGGAAAGCAAAGAUCAUGCAACUCUGAGUGAUAUUUACCUGAACAAUGUCAUCAUGCGUUUUAUGCAGAUAAGUGAGGAUUCCACCCGAAUGUUCAAAAAGAGCAAAGAAAUUGCAUUCCAGCUACAUGAGGAUUUAAUGAGAGUUCUGAAUGAGCUUUAUACGGUCAUGAAAACAUACCAUAUGUAUCAUACAGAGAGUAUCAGUGCAGAAAGUAAACUGAAGGAGGCUGAAAAACAAGAAGAAAAACAAAUUGGCAGGUCAGGAGAACCUGUUUUUCAUAUUCGACUGGAGGAAAGACACCCAAGACGGAGUUCUGUGAAGAAAAUUGAAAAAAUGAAGGAAAAACGUCAAGCGAAAUAUUCUGAAAACAAGCUGAAAUCCAUUAAGGCUAGAAAUGAAUAUCUACUAACUCUUGAAGCAACAAAUUCUUCUGUUUUCAAGUAUUACAUUCAUGACCUUUCAGAUCUGAUUGAUUGUUGUGAUCUUGGAUAUCAUGCCAGCCUGAACAGAGCCUUAAGAACAUAUCUCUCUGCAGAGUACAACCUUGAAACUUCUCGACAUGAGGGUCUGGACAUUAUUGAGAAUGCUGUUGAUAAUUUGGAGCCACGAAGUGACAAGCAGAGAUUCAUGGAGAUGUAUCCUACAGCCUUUUGCCCUCCCGUGAGAUUUGAAUUCCAGCCCCAUAUGGGUGAUGAGGUUUCUCAGGUCAGUGCUCAGCAGCCAGUCCAAGGGGAACUUAUGCUUAGGUAUCAGCAACUUCAGUCACGACUAGCCACGCUUAAAAUUGAAAACGAGGAGGUGAAGAAGACAACGGAAGCAACUUUACAGACAGUACAAGACAUGGUCACCAUUGAAGACUAUGAUGUUUCUGAAUGUUUUCAGCAUAGCCGCUCAACUGAAUCUGUGAAGUCAACCGUUUCUGAGACAUACUUGAGCAAGCCUAGCAUUGCUAAGAGAAGAGCUAACCAGCAGGAGACUGAACAGUUCUAUUUCAUGAAAUUCAGAGAAUACCUGGAGGGGAGCAACCUUAUCACAAAGCUCCAGGCAAAACAUGAUUUAUUACAGCAAACACUUGCAGAAGGUCAUAGAGCAGAAUAUAUGACUACAAGUCGAGGACGAAGGAACUCGCACAUCAGGCAUCAGGACUCAGGACAAGUAAUCCCCCUCAUAGUAGAAAGUUGCAUCCGAUUUAUCAACUUAUAUGGUCUUCAGCACCAAGGCAUUUUCAGAGUGUCUGGUUCCCAGGUGGAAGUCAAUGAUAUUAAAAAUUCAUUUGAGAGAGGUGAAAAUCCUUUGGCCGAAGACCAAAGUAACCAUGACAUUAACUCAGUUGCUGGAGUGCUGAAGCUUUAUUUCCGUGGGCUAGAGAACCCUGUAUUUCCUAAGGAAAGAUUUAAUGAUCUUAUUUCUUGCGUCAGAAUAGAAAAUCUCUAUGAGAGAGCUCUUCACAUACGUAAACUCAUCCUGACUUUGCCAAGAUCAGUCCUUAUAGUGCUGAGAUACCUCUUUGCCUUCCUCAAUCAUCUAUCACAGUACAGUGAUGAAAACAUGAUGGAUCCUUAUAACCUGGCCAUUUGUUUUGGUCCAACACUGAUGCCUGUUCCAGACAUACAAGACCAAGUGUCAUGCCAGGCUCAUGUAAAUGAAAUAAUCAAAACUAUCAUUAUUCACCAUGAGACCAUUUUCCCUGACAUUAAGGAGCUUGAUGGCCCGGUUUAUGAAAAAUGUAUGGCUGGUGAUGAAUAUUGUGAUAGCCCCUAUAGUGAGCAUGGUACCUUAGAAGAAGUGGAUCUGGAUGCAGGUGCAGAGACACACACCAGUGAAGAUGAAUGUGAACCCAUAGAAGCUAUUGCCAAGUUCGACUACGUUGGGAGAUCUGCACGAGAACUUUCUUUUAAAAAGGGAGCUUCCUUGCUUUUGUAUCACCGAGCUUCCGAUGACUGGUGGGAAGGAAGACAUAAUGGGAUUGAUGGCCUUGUACCUCACCAAUACAUAGUGGUUCAAGAUAUGGAUGAUGCAUUCUCAGAUACACUGAGCCAAAAAGCAGAUAGUGAAGCCAGCAGUGGUCCAAUAACGGAUGAUAAAUCUUCAUCUAAGGAUAUGAAUUCACCAACAGAUCGCCAUUCUGAUACACAUUCAGGAAGGCAACGUAAGAAAUCUGAACUCCCCUUUUCCGGCAGACGUCCUGGCAGGACCAGUGAUGGACACUGCCCAGUGCAUCCCCCCAACAGCCUGGCCAAUUCAUCUCUGGAGUUGGGUUCCCCCAGUUUGGCAAGCCACAAUCCUUCUCGCACUGUCCUGCAAAACCGCAACCUCAACACCGACAGCCCAGAAAGAAGGCGCAGACCUGGCCAUGGCAGCCUUACUAAUAUUAGUAGGCAUGAGUCACUGAAGAAGAUAGACAGUCCUCCAAUCAGAAGGUCAACAUCAUCUGGCCAGUACCCAGUUUUCAAUGACCACAAACCACUUGAUCCAGAGUCAAUUGCUCAGGAUAUUGAAGAAACAAUGAACACAGCUCUGAAUGAACUCCGGGAACUAGAACGUCAGAGCUCUGCAAAACAUGCUCCUGAUGUAGUGCUGGACACUUUGGAGCAAAUGAAAAACCCUCCUCCCUCCAGCACCAUCUCCUCAGAAUCACUGAGUCCUCAUCACAAUGUCCUCCUGAGAAGCACUGAGCCUCAGAUUCGGCUAAGCACUAGUUCUUCCAGCGACACUAUGAGUACCUUCAAGCCCAUGGUGGCACCCAGGAUGGGAGUGCAGCUGAAGCCCCCUGCACUUAGGCCCAAGCCCAUCGUUCUUCCAAAAACCAACCCAAGCCUAGGCCCAUCUUCUCCUUCUCAAGGUUCAACAGACAAGUCUUGCACCAUGUAAAGACCAUGGGAUGAACUACCAUGACAAUGGAACACUGAUAGCUGUCUGGACUCCAUCACACCUUUAAUUUGUGUUUAUAACUAGAGAACUUGUUUUUCAGGGUUUUUAAAUGUAAUGUCUCAAGCUACCUACGUUAAUGUGGGCAUUUAAUAUGGGUGCAAUUUUUAAACUGGACAACUCCGUAUGAUAUUGUGAAACAACAAAAACACACACUCAGUUACUUGAAACUUCCACACAGCACCUUUUUUCUAAGAGAAGCACUACAGGUCACUGCCAGCCUCCCAUGAAGUUCAAUAACUUUACACUGACUGUACUUUUUAGACCUCACAAGGAGUUAUUAUGAAUGGUGAUUUGAAAUGAAUUUAUUCCUUUAUUAUCUUCUAUUUUCCUUCUAAUAUGAAGCAGAUUUUUAUAAGGGCUGAGAGUUUGCAUCUUGAGACUUAUUCAGCAGGUUAUAUAAAAUGAAUAGAGAAGGUAAGGUAGGAUCACUCUGACAUUACCUUCAAAACACUUGGUAUAGGCAUUGGUGGUGGGAAAUGGGGAAUUAGUUUUAUUUCUCACUGAUGUAGAAGCUGGCUUUCCAAAUCAAAGUGAAAGCUUGUCAGAAUGGCUGUAGACUGAUUUGUAAUGGUUGCACUCAGGCUUUCUGCAUUGCAAUAAAGCUAGAUUUUUAGCCACUGGUUCCUUCAGAUAACUAUUUGCAAACAAUUCACUAUUUAAAAUGUUUACAUUCCUAUGAGCCAAUUGUUUGGGUAUCUCUGCAGAUAGAAAGUCUUAGUUCGCUUGUGAUUUGUAACUAAGCAUUCCUGGAAAGUUUGAAAGAUAGUUGUGAAACUUAACAAUUUUGAAGCUGCUCUAUCCUUAUGGUUAUGGAACACAACGUAUGCUGGUUGUUGGUUUUGUCAUUCUUUCACUUAUUAAAAUACUUACCUAUUUUAAA